AGAUACAGUACAGAAGCCCUCAUCUUCUGAGGACCAAGGCGAUAAAGAAGCCUCUGGAAAGAUCGAGCUCCAGCCAGCGUUCGGAUUAGGGUUUUCCGGAAUUUUGGUGGGGAUUCGGCCUCUUUAGCUUCGAUUUUGGAGUUCUUGAGCUGGUUUUGCUGGGAUGAGGUCCUGCUGAGUCUGGGGAUUUCUAUUGCAGGGGAAGAUCAAAGGCUAUUUCUUGCUAGCGAAUAUGAGAUCAGAUCCAAGGGAAUUGUGUACAGUUUUGCCCCAGGAUAGAUUGAUGAAGAGGAUGUCAGAUUGGAGCUCUUGCAAGCUUGUAGAUAAUUGGUGGGAUGAAUUUGCUCAGAGUGGUGUUUUUAUCGUGCCUCAUCGAGAUGGUGAAAAGGUGAAUGAAUCAGUUGCUGUCAGUAAUGCCUACAGGCAUUUAGGAAAUAAUGUUGGAGAGAGCACAGGUAGCAGUGGAGUGGCUAAAACUGUACCCUGGAGGAAAGAAAAACCAUAUUUGGUUCCUCCAAUGAAUCAUGGAAGCUGUGAUCCUGAGUGCAUCCACAAUGCCAUUACAAUGGUGUCCCAAGAUGCUGAAGUCUCUGAUAGCUGCACAAAGGGCUCCAAUGUGAACCCAGGUGUUAAAGAUACUUGCCUUUUGGAAAAUGGACACGGAGAUGGGGAGAAUGAUCUUGCAUAUUAUGACUGGCCUGAUAUUGGCAAUUUUGAGGACAUUGACAACAUGUUCAGAUUUGGACAAGGGUCUACAGACGACGCAAACGAUCUCUCAUGGUUUCCCUCUUCGUCACAUUCCAUUUAUGGUUCAGAAAUUACUUUUGAUUCAGGCUUACAGUCCUCAUGUUCAGACUUGAAUGUGCUGAAUAAUUCAUCGGAACAUCAGUCUGCAAACACCAACUUUUUGCCUGAAAUUGAUUCACCUUCUGCUGUUAUUGAUAAUUCAUCUACUGUUGGCUAUCAAUUUGAUGGUGAUUGGUUGGAUUCUAGUGCUGGAAAUGAAGAUGAAUUUGCAUCCAAAGAAUUGUAUGAUAAGAGGGCUGAGAUGAAGUUAUCAGCUCUUAACCAGACUUGCAGUGGAUCUGAGGACCUUAAUAUGAUAACUGAUAUUGGAAGCCAGUACUUGUCAGAAGAAAAAAUAAUCCAGCCAUUUGCAGAGCGGAAGCUUCCCUCUUCUGCUAUUUCAGCUGCUGAAACAUGGCCAUCUGAAUGUAUGUUGGAGCCGAAGCAUCUCUUGGGAUCUGCUUCAUCAAGUUACAUGCACACUUCUAAUCCUCAUUCGAAAUUGGAAUACAACUUUCCUACACAUCAAGUUCCAUUCACAUUGAGGACAUUGAGUAAUGCAUUUGAAAAUGAUACUGAUCUUUCCUCUUCUGAUAGAGUCUUAGAUAAUGUCACAAUUGAUUCCUACCAAUACAUAAAGAGGUUACCGAAGGAAUCAUCUUUGCCUCCAACAAUGACACCGGGGGAAAAAAUGGAGAAACAUAAACAGCAGUUACAUGGUUCAGUGACCGUUGACCACAAACAUCAGCAAACAUCAUGCACAAGUAAAACCAUGGUUAUGAAAAAUCAUCACAGAUCUCAACAUGAGAAAGGAUGCAGCAGUGAACAAGAAGAGAGAAGCAUAGGACUUUCAGCCAUCGACAAGGAUUCUUCUAUAAUGCAGGAGAACUCUUUCAUGACAACCGUUUCUUCUGAUGACAUCUCACUAGAGGCUACCAGUUUUCAACAGCUUCAGGAUGUUGUAGAUCAGUUGGAUGUUAGAACAAAGCGGUGCAUUAGAGAUAGUUUAUACCGUCUGGCAAAGAGUGCUAGACAAAGGCAUAUUUUCUCUAACGCAAGCAAUUGCAGCAGAGAGAGUAGAGAUGCAAGAGUAACUCAAAGUACAGCAACAUCAAACAGGUGUCCGAAACUUACAAAUGCUGAGACUGAAACAAAUCCUAUUGAUCGAUCUAUAGCUCAUCUACUUUUCCACAAGCCUUCGGACCCUCCUACAGGACCUGCUGAUUAUGCCUUAUCAUUUGAGUCUCUUAUCAUUAAUGAACAGGGCCGUGUUCCUGUCAGCAACCAGGCUGGGCUGCCUGAUUUAUUUGUUUCUCAAAAGCAAGUUGGUAAUUGCAGAAGUUUGAACUUGCCGGAUGGUGAUCGACUAUAAGAAAUUUGGUGCUCCAGCUACACUUUCUCCCCGAGAACUAUCAUUUAUUUGUAGACUGCCCAAAACCAUGUAUAGUAAUAGUUUAGUGGUAAGUUAAGCGAGCCAUAAAACACUGUAUAUAUAUAUAUAUAUAUUUGUAUGUCCCAAAGAUAAUUAGGGUGCACUAACAUGUAGUUAGCUGAUGGUUGUGCUAAGCUAGUAUGUGCUGGUUUUGUUUCUUGUGCCACGUGUGCAAAAUUGAGCCAUGCAAUAAAGGAAUCAUUAUCGUGUCAGCCAAAUUAGGUGCUUUGUGGGACCCAUCAAGUACCAAAGGGAUAUGCAAUUGUUAUGGUUGUAAUGAAAUAGUAGACUGCUGUCACUGAUACUCUUAAUCAUUCUUGUUACUUG